AUGUCAAGGAUGGAGACCGGCAUGGUGGAGUGGGUUAACACCUUCGAGCUGUCAUCGAGAUGCUCGUCGCUGUCCGACCUAGCCGACGGGGUGGCGCUUUCGGAGGUUCUCCUUGGAAUCGCACCCGGACUGUUCGACCCAAGCGCCAUCAAGCGAGACGUGGGAGACAAUUGGGCUCUCAAGCUCAACAACCUCAAGAAGAUGUCCGUUGAGGGGCAAGAGGCCAUGCAACAGGUGGUCCAGGACGCGAUGGCCGGGAUGUCUACCUCGGGGCAAGGGGCCCCGCAGGAUGAUGCGUACUCGACGGACCGCGACGGGGAGGGCGUUGUUGGGGAGGGGGGCGGGAGCGAUGGGGGAGGGGGCGGGGGGCGGGAAGGAGAGGAGGCCUUGGUGGACGAGAGCAUGUCGAGGGACCACAGGGAAGAGGAGUGGGCGCUGAGAAUGUCGGAGACGGAAGAUGCGAUGCUGGAGUUGAGGCGAGAACGGGAGCGCGAGUCGGCCUUGAGGACCGAGGCGGAGAAGGAGGUGGCAGCGCUCAAGGAGAGGACCGUUGAGCUGGAGGCCCACGCCAAGGCUAGGAGUGCGCGCGACGAGGAAACGUCUAGCAUGUCGGCCUCUCUGCAGCGGACGAUGAGCAGCCUGGAGGACAAGGAGGCGGGGUUGCAGCAGGCGCUGCAGGACACGAGGGUGGCGGAAUCAAAGCUUGCUCAGGAGAGCAAGGCGAGGGCGGAGAAGGAGUUCGAGCUUCGUCAGAUGGAGGACGAGCUCGACAUUGCCAAGGCCAAGGCCUCCCAGCUCACAAAGAUGGAAGCUACGGUUGAGAAGUACAAGCGGCGAUUGGAGGACAUGGCGGAGCUGCGCCAGCAGGUGAAGGAGCUGGACGACCUCAACUCCAAGUACCUCGACCAGAUGCUCAAGCUCGAGAGCACGGCGAAGACGAUCCCCACGCUGACGAUGAAGAUCGAGCAGUACAAGGACCAGGCGGUAGGGCUGGAGCGGCAGAACUUCGAGGCUUCCUCGGCGGUGGUGGUGAAAGAGACAGAGGUGCAGAGGUUGAGAGAAGAGCUGGAGGCGGCGUUGCAGGCGAAGAUGUUCUUCGAGGACGAGCUGAUCGCCCUCCGAGACCAGAACAAGGCACACGCCGAUGCCGCGGAGGAGGACCCCUCGAAGGGCAACCAGAGAGAUCUAUUCGAAGGGGCAGCUAACCGCGCAGAGCUACGGGAGCAAGUGGCACGAAAGGAUCGAGAGAUCGCCCUGCUAAAGGCGCAGGUGGCGGAGGGUGGCGGCCAAGACGGAGAGGGGGGUUCAAGGCUGGAAGUGCUCGAGUCGCAACUGGAGGACGCCCUCCGCGUUAAGGACGAGCGAUCAGCGGAGGCGUUGGCGGCGAAGAGGAACGCCGCGGAUCUCGAGCAAAAGAACAACAAGCUGGAGCAGUUGGUGUCGGAAAUGAAGGGGGCGCCGCAGAGCGCAGCACAGGCCGAGAAGUCUUCGGCGAAGAUCCAGAGCAUGAAGGAGGAGAUGGACAGGCUGAGGGUCCUGGCGGACGAUCGCGAGCGGCUGAGUAUGACCGCACAGAGCAUGGAGGACCGUCUCAAGGAGCGGGAGACGCAGGUGAACAACCUCCAGACGGACAAGGAGAAGCUGGAGUCGUACACGAAGAAGACGCUGCACAAGUUCCAGGACAAGUACAUGGUGGCCAUCUCGCACUGCAAGGCGCAGAUCGCCGAGAAGAACGAGAAGAUAGACUACCUCGAGAGCAAGAUAUCGCAGGACAAGGCGGCCUCUAAGCGGGAGGAGAGGCUGCUCAUGUCCUCCGUCUACGAGCUGGGUAUGGACAUCAUCGAGAGACAGCUCAAGUCAUCGGUUUCGGACCAGAUCCGCGGGGCAGACUCGGCGCCAGGCUCGUCUUGGAUGCAGAGGAAGCGGGCAGAGGUCAAGAAGGCGAACCCUGUGGCGCUCUGACUCUGACUUGCCGAGAAAAAUCUCAAUUCCAACACGAGCAGGAAGACCUAACACGUAACACGUAAGACAAGAUCCGAUCCAAGAAGAGGAAGGUAGCUCAGGCUCACUCUCCGGAUACGCGGAAGGUUAUGAGAAACCUAUUUGCUGCCUGUGCGCCACAAGGCAUACGGUAUCGGCUGGCGGCCCUUGCAAGCGGGGCCGAGAAGCGG